AUGCAGAAUUUGUCACAGGAUUACUUGAAAACUGUUGUUCCGUCUCAGCUUGUAUCUGAACGAGGAUCGAAUCUCGUUGUCUUUAACCCAGGGUCUGGAAAUGUAAGAAUUGGAUUAGCUAAGCAAGAGACACCUUUCAAUGUCCCUCAUUGCAUUGCUAGACACAACACACAAGCUUGGAAACCAAACGUUGUUGAUCAGAUGCUUAACACUGAGGUCACUACUAGUCAACGUGUUGAACGUGAGAGAGCUUACAAUACUGUGGCAUCGCUAUUGAAGAUACCAUACCUGGACCAGAGUUCUUCUUUUGGCUCUGCAUCACGCAAGCAUAUGCAAAUGGGGAGGAUCGAUGGAUACAAUCAACGGAGUACUACGAAGAAAGAUACAGUCUUUACUUGGACUAAUGUGUAUGAGGACGAGCAAAGUUUGCCUGCCACAUCAGAAACAUCUGCUGAUAGAAGUGACGCCAGCGCAACUAGAGCUGAUCCUGAUGUUACCGACUCUAAGGAUACUAGUGAGAGUAAGCGCAAGUAUCGGAAGAUGAUUUUUGGUGAAGAAGCUAUGACAAUAUCUCCAAAAGAGCCAUAUUGCGUACACUGUCCUAUUCGUAGGGGUCACUUCAAUGUUUCGCCACAUUAUUCAGCGCAACAGGUUUGUGAGGAUUUAACAGCUAUCUGGGACUGGGUUUUAUUAGAUAAACUUCAUAUAGCUCCCAGUGAGAGAAACUUGUAUUCUGCUGUUCUUGUUGUCCCAGAAACAUUUGACAGUCGCGAAAUAAAGGAAAUGUUAACUAUCGUGUUGCGAGACCUACGGUUUAGCUCGGCAGUGGUCCACCAAGAAGGCCUAUCUGCCAUUUUUGGGAAUGGUUUGUCAACAGCUUGUAUUGUGAAUAUGGGAGCCCAGACAAGUACAGUUGUUUGUAUCGAGGACGGAGUCUCAUUGCCAAAUACUGAAAAGAUUUUACCUUUUGGAGGAGAUGAUAUAUCUAGAUGCCUUCUGUGGAUUCAGAGGCAUUACAAAAACUGGCCACAAAUCCACUCAGACGUUUUGGCAAAGCCAGUUGAUAUGCUGAUGCUCAAUCAACUUAAGGAGUCAUAUUGUGAUAUUAAAGAAGGAGAACUUGAAACAGUUGCUACCGCCCAUUCUUACGAGGAUGCCAUGCCAGCUGUACCUCACAAGACAAAUCUCACCUCGCUGAACGUUCCACCGAUGGGUCUGUUUUAUCCCAACCUCCUGGUCCCUGAAGUGUUUCCCCAGCCACCACGGACAUGGUUCCAAGACCACGAGAAUAUGUUAGAGGAAACAUGGAACAUGGACUAUGCAGGUGGUGGUAAUAUGGGAUUACCAGUGUGGGAUAGUUUUGGAGUUUCUCCUCUGAAACCAAAAAAAGUAGAGAAGAUUGGUCUCGCUGAAGCCAUUUCAAGCAGCAUUCUCUCUGCUGGACGCAUAGAACUUCAGCGAAAGCUAUUCUCUAGCAUACAAUUGAUAGGUGGUGUUGGUUCGACUAAAGGUCUUGUCUCGGCCGUGGAAGAAAGAGUUCUUCACGCAAUACCACCAACAGAAGCCAUUGACACAGUGGAGGUUCUGCAAUCGAGAAUGGACCCAACAUUCAUACCUUGGAAAGGAGGAGCGGCAUGA